GUCAAAUGUCUUUCUCAAUCACAACAAUACCAUCUUGCAACUAAAAUAAUUCACACAUCGUUUUGCCACAUUUCUUCAACCGGGUUCACCGCAAUACUAAAACACUAAAUAUUCCCUCCCAAUGGCACUGGUGAGAUCGUUGCAAAUCUUGCUGCCUAGGCUACCGGCAGUUCCAUUCUUGAGCGGAAAUCUAGCGAAUGGAAUCACCGAGGCAAUGGCUGGUGGUGCCUGGGGCCUGCUUUCCACACGAACGGUGAUUCGCAAUCAGUUCCCACGUGCACGAGAAACGAAGCGUGUCCGGGUGCACGGUUGGUGGAAACGGAUGUCGACUGCCGCCGGUCGCCGGGUGCUCAUGAGGAAAAUAUUGAAGGGCAGACACGUGCUUUCGCAUUGAUCGCACAUCGGGUGUUGGAUAGGACGGAAUUGCAAUCGUUUACAUAAAUAGAGUCUUGUUAUAAACUAAGAAAA